AGGCAUCGAAACCUACAGAAUUGAACGACAAAGAGCAAGAAGCUAAUCAUGUUUAAAAUCACUGUGAUUCUUAUGGUAAUGGGUGUUACCUGUCACUCAUGUGUGGAUGGACAAGGCUGGACCCAGAUUCCACGAGGUCUGGUCCAAGUAUCCGGAAACCUCAACUACAUCUGGGGACUCGACAAGGAGAAUAAAAUUUACCUGUGCCCACGACCGUGUACAGGUGCAUGGAAAGUAAUCAACGGAUUAUUGGUCCAGCUGGAUGUAGACGAUGAAUUUGUUUGGGGCGUCAAUAAGAAUGACGACAUAUAUGUCCGCCCAGUUGAUGGCAGUGGAAGCUGGAAAAAACUAGCUGGGAAACUGAUCCACGUCUCGGCCUCUGGCAACGGCUAUGUGUGGGGGACGAACCGUGCCAAUUACAUCUACAAGUGCAAGAAACCGUGCAAUGGAGGCUGGCAGAGGGUGAAUGGAGGUCUCAAGAUGAUAGACGGCGGGGAACGAGAGGUGUGUGGGGUCAAUUCAGGAAAGAAUCUGUACUGCCGACCUGUCGAUGGAAGUGGAGCAUGGCGUUUCAUCACUGGCGGUUUCCAAUAUGUGACCACAUCCGGUCCAUAUGAUAUCUUUGGCAUCAACACCAAGAACGAGAUAUUCCGUUGCCGCAAGCCGUGCAUCGGGCAGUGGAUUCAGGUUGGCCACGACAAGAUCAAUAGCCUCAGCCAGUGUGACGCCACGGCCAAUGCCCUCUUUGGAAUCGAUUCCGGGGAAUCGGUAUGGAGGAAAGACUUUCCGCUGUGAUCUAGAAUCAACCCUUGGAACUGACUUCAUAGCUAUAUAGACUGAACAUUAGCUGCUGUAGCUAGAUGUUAGCUAGUAACUUCUUGCAUUUUAGUGAUGUGACC